CCUCUCUGCCACUCACCACUCGCCACUCCACCAUCUACGUCUCUAUUACCCAACUUGCUCUCUCCCUGCAAAUACCAGAAGACCCUUUUUCUUGAUUUUUCUUUUUCUUUACUCAUUCCCCUCGACUAGGACCCAAGAAACAGGAACCUGGAAUUUUUUUUGCAUUGUCCAUGGUUUCUUUUAUCUCUGAUUGACCUACAAAGGUAAUUCCACAACUGGGUUUGCUCAGGUUUAGUCUUCUCUUCAUAACAUUGUUGUUCUUGGAUGUGUUCGUCAGAUUCUUGUGAGUCCAUUUUCUUGGUUUUUCUUGUCAGCUAUGAGCUUUUAUUCUCUGUUUCUGAACCUUAAAUAAUCAAGAAAGUUGAAUUGAAGAGUGAGUUUGCUCAUUUGUUAAGUGCCAUGGAGGAAAUGAGAUUGAAUUUUAAUGCACCACUUCUAUCGGUUAGGCGGUUUUCUAACAUGUCAGCAUCUUCAAAUGAACAAAAUGAGAAAGUAACAGAAAGCUCCCGGCCCAGAAGGUGGCCUAGUCUCCCAUUAAAGAAAUCAGAUUUAAUUUUGGAUCAAGUGACAGAACCAGUUGCUGUUCCUUUUGUAUGGGAACAGAUCCCAGGAAGACCGAAGAAUGACAGCAUUGAAGAGUCACACGCUAUAGAGGAGGCUUCUGUUACUCCAAGUCUUCCUCCGGGAAGGGUUUGGGAUAUCAUCAAGUAUAACUCAGAGAAAAAUUUUGAAGAGCAAAAUCCGGUUAGGCCACAAAUUGGAAUAUCUUCGAAAAAUCAAAGUGUCAAUAGAUUGGAGAGCUCAAAAAAGGGGAUAAAUGAGAGGGGGGUCUCAGACUUGGCAGAUGAUGAUCAUGAUGGAGAUGAUGAUAGAUAUUCUGAUGCACUUGAUACACUGUCUCCAACUGAUUCGUUCUCUAUGAACUGUAGUGUAAGUGGCCUGACUGGAUUUGAUGAAAAUCAUACAGAGCCAUCAGGGACCUUUGCUACGGAUCCACAAACUCGAGAUUUCAUGAUGAGUCGCUUCUUACCUGCUGCCAAGGCGAUGGCUUUGGAGCCACCUCAGUAUGCUUUAAGGAAGCAACUAAUGGCUGUGGAAUCUGAACAACCAAGACAGAUUAGAAAAGUGGUUGGGGAGAAUAGGAAGCCUCCUGUUAAUCAAUACAGUUCCGUUGCUAUGCUGCAUUAUGGCCAGGAUACUGAGGAUGAAGAGAGUGAAGAAGAAUACGAGUACAAUGAUGCUGCCAACAUAUCAGGAAAAGCUUGUGGACUGUUGCCUCGGUUAUGCUUUAAAAACUCUUUUUGCCUCUUAAAUCCAAUGCCAGGGUUGAAAGGUAGGACUCACUCUUCACUAUCUUCAAUCUCUGAUCUUGGAAAAUCAAGCAAAACUGUGCACAUGGAGUCUCACAGUCAAAGUAUUAAGAAGCAUGCUUGGGACUCUAUUCUGAAGAAAAAGGCAGAUAAUGAAGGUCGAUCACCAAGGCUUGCUGUUCCUGAGAAUAAGAUGACCUGUGGAUCCAAUCGAUUCAUGUCUAAUUCAGGCAACCAACUGACAAGGUGGUCAUCUCCUCAUAGGCGUUCAGGUUGCAUAUCUCCCUAUCAUAACACGGCUACUCAGUCUCCUUUCAGUGGAGUUAGUUUCCUUGGCACUCCAAAUGAAGCUGAUUAUUCCAAAUGGAACAUGAUGAAUAGGCAUAGAAGGGGCAUUAGCAAGUCUCAGGAAUUAUUUCCAAGGAGCACCAGGCAAAGCUCAAGCUCAUCAAGUCCUGCAGUUGAGAAGACAUUGUAUGUGGACACCAUAAACUCGUCAACAUCACCUUUGUCAAAUUCAAGUCUAUCAGGAACGAAGUGCUGGAUGGAUUCGGUGGGUGAGGAUUUUGAAACCUCUUCAAUAAUCAAAGAGAUGGAAGGUUCUGAUACAGUAUCAUCUCCUCUUCAAGACAUACAACCUCUGAGUAUUCCACAGGAAGAAAGCAUUUUGGAUCCUAAAGUCUUGGGUUCUCUUGAUGCCAGUAUAUCUUUCUCUCAUAACUCAUUUCUCAGGAGGCAAGAAGACACGUCAGAGAGCAGACUGCAUCCAGAGCUUGAUCAGGAAUUUAAGUCUCUGGAAUGUAUAAAACUUAUAGCUGGUGAAAAUGAAAGUAUUGGUAAUGAUGAGAUCAAAGCAGAUGGCCAAGGAAAGAUCAUUACUGGUUUUGAACUUUGCACCCUUCCCCCACCUCUGCCAAAAACACCUUCUGAGUCUUGGCUUUGGCGCACUUUGCCUUCAGUUAGUUCACGAAAUCAACCUUCAAAGUCAUAUAUCAAUGCUCGAUUUAAUCCUAAAAAGCAAGAUCCUGCGGAGACCUCGAACAAUACCAAGUGGGAAACGAUUGUUAAAACUUCUUACAUGCAUCAUGAUCAUGUACGCUAUUCUGAGGAAUUUAUUACUCAUGCUUCUCAGCCAUCCAAAUCAUAGAAUUUUAAAGUUCCAUGUUGAAGUUCUUGGACUCUUUGGCCUUGUUCGGGCAGUUUUUGCAUGUUGUGGUGGGAGCUAGUUAAAAAUAUUCCAGGUUCUCCUUUUUCCAACAGCAGAUUAUCCUCCUGCCUAUUGAACUUCUCCAUCUGUUGUUACUAUAGUUUUGGAGGUCAUUUCUUGCUUCAUAAUCAUGACAGGCCAAAUUAAAAUUCUUAAAGUCUACCUGAGGCAUCAGAUUGGUUGUAUAUGGUUUCCUCUGAUACUUGUAUUAGGAUAUAUUGGAAGCAUUAACCUCUCCCGGUGUAUAGUCAAGGAAGAUACAUAUUCGUCCGAAACUGGAUACUAGCAACAGCAGUUUCUCCUACAUAAUGAAUCAUAGAGACAAGCGCUCUGGUGCUCAUGGCUGGGAAACAAUUUAACCAGACUCCUGGUUUACUUGAGCGGGUGAACUGCAAAUCAUGGUAUAGUUGAUCCAAGUUUUUCAUAUACUGUAAGGUUGUGAUAAUCUUUUUUUUUUUUUUUCCUUCAGAUAAACAAUGUACGUAGGUUCACUUUAGCAUGAUAGCAUCUCUAAUACAUUGCUACAUUAUGUGAACAAUUACUAGUGAUGCGAGAGCAGAUAUGCGUAGUAUUGGAACA